UCUCCUCUCCGCUCAAAGCCGCUGUGCGAGUAGUCGGGUUGCUGCCAGAAGGCUGAGCGCCGCUGAGCUGGGAGCACGAGCAGCAGGCACAGCACGCACAAACCGGAGUACCUACCUGGCACACACCCCUCCAGCUUUCCAGGUACAGCACUUGCUUGCCUCCUUUCCCUGGCUGCAUCUGAAUGUCUUUGACCAAAAGCAGAUUCCUUCAAGUGUGCUCAAGAUGAACAAACUCCAUUAAUCCACGUUGACCCGCCUAAGUCUGCCACUCUGCUAGGCACCUUUUAAUAUGUCCAUUGAACAAAGCCCAUCGGUGUCAUCCCAGUUAGCAGAACACAGCAAGGGGACUGUUGGACUGAAGCGGAAGCUGACUGGUCCCCCCCGGCUCCUGCUUGCGAAGUUCAAAGCCAAAAGACAACUUGACAGCAGGGCGUCCACCAAAGGCAAACGUUCCAGAGGGUUUCGGGACAACAAUGCCAAUCAAUUGACCACCGAGAGCAUCCGCACAGUCAAACUGGAAGAAGGGGCUAUCCAGAACCUAAAGGUUUUGAAGAGUACAGGCAGUGAGGCCGAUGGUUUGAUGAAUAACAACUUCUGGAGUGGGAGGGAUGAUCCUUCCUUGAGAAGUUGGGUCAGAGCUGGAGAAAGUGGCAUGAGAAGCAAAAAGCCACAAAAGACAAAAAGCAAAGAUAAGGAGAAAUGGCAGCGGGUCUGUCAGGAGUGCUCCGUUAAGCCUUCACUGAUCUGUUUAGGAAAGCGAAGAAAUAAACGAGGAAGAAACCAGUGGGACAAAUGCCGGCGGAGCUCCAGCAUCACAUUCUGUAGUGCGGAGAUGGUUGGAUCUGCACAACUCAGGAAACUGGAAAUGGGCAACCUGGAGCGCCUGUGCCGUUUUGAUGAUGAAGACAGCGUAAGGAGAGCCUUCCCAGAUGGACUUUGGACUUCCCUCAGGAAGUUCAUGACUCAGCAGCGGAAGUCCCCCAACUCCAAAGGCAGAAGAGCCAACCAGGACACGGAUAGUGAAACACAAAACUCCCUGUCCUCGAAGAAAAGCAAGUCAUUCCCCAUUUUCUUCAAGCACAAGGCCAAAGAGACAUUAAGCUGCCAGAGCAUAAAGUUCAACAACGUUUUUGAGGAGUUUGGCGGUGACCCGGAAGCUGCACUUUCUAAUAAGUGCCUGGAGGGGGCACCAGAUAUUUUACACGACUUCUACCGGGAUUACAGCUCACGAAGUGUCGCGCUGCCCGCUGAUCGCCUGACGGUAAAUGUCGAGGUGAGCCUAGUCACGCCCAACAGUGCAGAAAGUGAGGAGAGCCUCAUCAGCUCCUUCACUAAAUCCAUGGUGGUCACUUGUGGAGACGUCAACUCUGGAAGGCCCUCCGUGAGAGAUAUACAGCAGAACAAGCUUGUCAGUGCCAGCCAGUACAAGAUGAGGGACAUCAAGGUGUCCCAGAUCAAGCUGGUCGAGAGAAUCAAGGAACUGAAGAGCUUCAAGAUGGAGCCCACUGGCGCGGAGGAGCAGUGCUUGCCUGACUACUCAUCCGACUGCUUGCAGGCGUCGAAAAAGAUUCUUCAGAUGUCUUCACCAUUCUCGGACACAGAGUCUGCACUUUGCAGUGAAAAGGUAUCUGAGAACGGGGGAGACGUAAUGGCCCGUCACGUGGCACAAGAUGCAAAUGAACAACUGUGUGAAGACGCGCACAUCCAUGAUGGGAAAUCGAGCAUGGCAGGUCGAGGCGGUAAGCACGGCAGCCCGACAAACAUCCCGUUGAUAAAUGUGUGUGAGUUAGGAAAGGACUGCGAGCCGCCAACUUUGGUCAUUGAAAGUGUAAACCCGCAGGACGACUCUGAGAUCACACCUGGGUGGCCAAGCGGGCAACUUCACGAGAUGCUUCUGUCUCAGACGGCCUGUUCACUGGUGCAGGCGGCAAUGAAGGCGGCCAUCGACCAGCUUACAGGGGAGGGCGAGGCUCCUCCUCAGCCUGGCAAAAGGGAAACCAGUAUAGUGGUUGACAGGCUAAAAGUGCCCGAUGUCUAGAGACUCAUUUCAAGAUCGCUCUUCAUCGUCAAUCGCCUUCUCUUUGAAAAACUUCCUGCUGCUGUUCCCCACCCCACUCACUCGUUAGGGGGUUACUCCCUACUUUUGGCCUCCUAUUGACGUGAGUCAGGCCGAUUUGUGGCAAACCGUCUUCAGACGUCCAACCAACCGAGGAUGCCAAUCCACAACAUCCUCAUGGGGUAGGCACCUCUACAGUUCUGCCAAAAAUGACUAUGACUAUGAGAAACUACUUGAGAGCCACCAUGAUGUGCAGACAGCACUAAGGAAGGUGCAGUGGUUGGUGCUGCUGACGCCGAGCUUCAGGUCCUGGCCCU